UUUGUAUGUUUAUUUGUUUUGUACUUGUUGUGAGUUGUAUAUGCUUAUAGAAAUCUCUGUAUAUUUUUUGAAUUAACAAAUAAUAAUAAUAAACGUUUAUUACAUUAGAUAGCGAGGGCGGGGUUUGUGACCUAUACUGCACUCAGCCACCUGGGGGCGAUCGAGACGCUUUGGCUUCACUUUCUGAUAAAGAGCAGAGGAGAUCAACAUCUGAGGAAGAUCGGGUACAUCAUCAACGGUGUUCAAAGAUCAGCUCCUCCCACACUGGAAUUCAUCAUCAGUGAAGCUCCUCCCACUGCAAUCACAUCAUCAGUGAGGCUCCUCCCACAGCAGUUCAUCAAUAAAUGCAGGAAUAUGAGCAUCAGAGGAGCAUCAGAGCAUCAGGAAGAGCUGAAAUCUGCAAAGACUGAGUUUAUUAAAGAGGACAGUGAGAACAUGAGUGAUCCAGAACCCUGCAGAAUGAAACACACUGAAGAUACUGAAGAACAAAGAGACCUUAUGGAAGUGAAGGAGGAGAGUGAAGAACUAAGUGAAGUGGAGGAGGAACAUCAUGACAAACCUGGAGAAAAACCUUUGAGUCGCUCAAAGACUAAAAAGACAUUUUUAAAGAAAAGAAGAGCUGAGAAAUCUACAACCUGCACUCAGUGUGGAAAGAGUUUAACAACUAAAUAUAGUCUUAAUGUUCACAUGAGAAUCCACACCAGAGAGAAGCCGUUCACAUGUGAUCAGUGUGGGAAGAGUUUCACACAAUCAUCACACCUUAAGUUUCACAUGAGAAUUCACACUGGAGAGAAGCCAGUCACAUGUGAUCAGUGUGGAAAAACAUUUGUUAAGACAUCAAAUCUAAAGACACACCUGACAGUUCAUACAAAGGAGAAGCCACAUUCAUGUUCUGUGUGUGGAAAGAGUUUUUCACUGCUGUGUAGUUUAAAAGAACAUCAAAAAAUUCACACUGGUGUGAGAGAGUUCAUGUGCUUUGAGUGUGGGAAGACUUUUAAUACAGCAAACUGUUUAAGACGGCACCAGAGGAUCCACACUGGAGAAAAACCUUACAAGUGUUCACAAUGUGAUAAGAGAUUCAGUCAGCCAUCAUCGCUGAAAAAACACAAGAGGAUCCACACUGGAGAAAAACCUUACAAGUGUUCACAAUGUGAUAAGAGAUUCAAACAGUCUUCAUGUCUGAAAAAACAUGAGAGGAUCCACACUGGAGAGAAGCCACACACGUGUGAUCAGUGCAGAAAGAGUUUUUCUAGAAAAAGCCACCUGAAGCGACACAUGAAGAUCCAUGUAGUGGAGAAACCACAUCAGCACAGUCUGAAAUAAGUAGUGCAUCUGUAUGUAAUAUGUAUCUACAAUUCUGCAUUAUGCCAAACAAGUAAUUUGGUGAUAUCACUUUGUAAAAAAGAAAAAACAAGCGUCUGCGCACAUAUACACUCAAACAUGCAAACCAAUUUGGCUUUAUUACUUUGUAAUAAAGUUUAUCUUCUGGCAUCAAAACCCCAAGACUUCAAGAGUGAUUUUUCACAGAGGAGACAAGCCACCACACAUGCUAUCAAAUGGAGUAUACCAAACUAAUCUUCCAAUCUUAACCACCCUGCUCCGAAGUUGGUCUUGAAACCCCGGCCUGUUUGCUGCUGGCAGGUUAUGCAAGUACACUAACAAGAACGCUAAACACAGCAUUCACAACAUACUUUCACCUGGCUCCGCACCAUGAGCCUCCGCUGACUGCGUACGCAUCUUCCCAAAUGGACAAGGCGUUUAUACUUGACAUGCUCACGGUUGUUCAAUUUUUUUGGAAGAAAACUCAAAGAAACUGUUCUCUAAAUCAGCAGGAAGCAGCGGUGAGAAGAAGUAAGGUACACGUGACAAUGUUUAUUCUAGUAGUUUACACUUCACCAAAACCAAACUGCAAAAAAAUCAUGUAAAAUCCAGUAAACCAUCUAGGUUAUGUAUGUAAUCCUUGUUUCAUAAGGGAGAGAAUAGAGAUGUACGUCAGAACUGAACCGACGAAUUGGGAUAUCGGGGGUCACACGCACCGCCCCCCAAGCGGAUAAAUGUGGAAGCGGAUGCACUUGCACUUUGUUUUUUCGUUGAGGAGGCGAGCAUGUAGAUGAGCAUGUAGCCCACAGCAGCAUCUGACAUGUGACAGCAGAGCGGACUCUGCAGAGGGAAAGACAUUGCUCACCGUAGGGAGUUUAACCAUGGAAUAUACACAAAUGGGACCACUGUAGGGGUCACAACAUAUGGCACCAAGCCAAACACAGGCGAGUAACUAGUGCUUGGCCUUGCAUCAAACACUCCACAAUGUCCAAGCUGCUAUGAUGGGGAACUCACUGGAGUAAUGACCACACAUAUCCGUCCCAGAGGACGGGAGUGGCAUUGCAAGCCGAACAGGUUCUUCGUGCUACCAGCCAGAAGGGGCGAGUGCAUGGGAAGAUACCAGUUCUACCGACUCUACAUAUAUCUGUAAGAGGCAACUUCUCUAGUGGUGUGAGCACUCAACCCGAGUAAGCAAGGCAUGCCUUGGGACUGGUAUGCGAAGGCGAUGGCAUCCACUAUCCAGUGGACAGAUGAAGAGCUGGUCUGAGGUCGUAAAGCUUUGGGUUCUGUCCAUGUGAAGGCACAAAGUGUGGACAGGACAGAGCAAAGCCAGUGCUGGGUCUGCCUCCUCCGAGGGCAGCGCUUGCAGGUCCACUACCUGAUCUCUAAAUGGAGUGGUAGGAACCUUGGGCACAUAUCCGGGACAAGGUCUCAAGAUAACUUGAGUGUCACCUGGCCUGAACUCCAGGCACAAUUCGUCAACUGAAAAUGCAUGCGGGUCCCCUACCUUCUUGAUGGAGACCAAUGCAAUCAGGAGUACUGUCUUAAGGGACAGCUCUUUUAAUUCACCUGCAACUCAAUUGACUGCAAAAGCUCAAAGAGAGGUCCCCGUAGAGAGGUAAGAACCAGGGACAAGUCCCAAUAGGGUAUAGGGGUAGGGUGAGGCAGAUUUAGUCUCCUUGCCCCCCUCAGGAACUUGACGAUCAGGUCAUGUUUCCCCAAAGAUUUACCAUCAACAACGUUGUAAUGUCCAGCAAUGGCAGCAACAUACACCUAGAGGGUGGAGGGAGACAGCCUUUGGUCCAAACCUUCUUGCAGGAAGGAAAGCACUGACCUGAUCGAACAUGCUCGGGUGUCCUCCCACCAUUCCACGAAUAGGUUUCACUUCAGGGCAUAGAGGUUCCUCGUAGAGAACCCUCAGCGUCCCAUCCAGGGACCAGACAUGGAGUUUCCAGAGGUCCGGACAUGGGUGCCAUAGACAUCAGAAGGUCCUUCCUCAGAGGAAUGGGCCAAGGAGGUGCUGUCACGAGGAGCAUCAGUUCUGGAAACCAGGUCCGAGUGGGCCAAUAGGGUGCCACUAACAGGACCUGCUCCUCUUCCUCCCUGACUUUGCACAGAAGCUGUGCAAGCAGGCUCACUGGGUGGAAACGCAUACUUGCGAAGGUCCCGGGGCCAGCUGUGUGCCAGUUCAUCCAAACUGAGAGUGCCCUCGGUCAGGAAAUAAAACAACUGGCAAUAUGUUAUGUCUGGAGAGGCAACAGAUCUAUCUGUGUGGCCCCGAAAUGUUGCCAAAUCAGCUGGGCCAUCUAGGGAUGAAGUGUCCAUUCUUCUAGAGCAGAGGCUGCCGUGAGAGCUUGUCGGCUGCACGGAAUGCCACGAAUUGACCUCAGAUGCUUCUGACUCCAUAAGAGGAGAUGUACGCAAUGGUCACCGUGCUGUCCGUAUGGACCAGCAUGUGCUUGCCUAGUAACAGCUGUUUGAAGCGGCUCAGCACAAGAUGUACUGCCAGCAACUCAAGGCAAUUGAUAUACCACUGGAGUUGAGGCCCCGUCCACAGACGGGAGGAUGCAUGCCUGUUGUACGUGGCUCCCCACCGGGUGGUGGAAUCUUCUGUGGUGACCACAAUAUGCCUGGACACUUGUUCCAGGGGAACUCUGCCCGCAUAAACGAAGGGUCCAACCACUGAGUGAGGGAACGACGACAGCUCGAUGUGAUGGACACACGGAAUGUGCCAUGUUGCCAGGGCCAUCUCAGGACUCGGCCGUGGAACCAGUACUGAAGCACUCGAUCCGGGCAACAUGAAUGUGGCUACGGAAGCCAUAUGCCCCAGGAGCCUCUGAAAUAAUUUCAGUGGGGCCACUGUCCAGCUCUUGAGUGAGCAGGCAGUUCAACACAUAGACUGGUUGCACUCUUCGAUGAGGUGCGCUGUCUGGUUGACUGAGUCCAGUUCCAUACUGAGGUAAGAGAACCUCUGCCUGGGGGCGAGUUUGUUCUUGUCCCAGUUGACCCGAAGACCCAACUGGCUGAGGUGAGUUAACACCAGAUCUCAGACAGACAAGCACAGUAUCAUCUUUUAAAUAUGUCCUCAAGACUAUCACAAGCUAUCCAGCAUUUAGUAAUAAGAUAUUCUUAUAUUGAUUGAGCUUACUGCAGCGUGCAGCACGUGUCUCAUAGCAGCUGCCGAAACGCAGAGUAAUGUUAUAACAUAAUUUUCAACACACUCUAAUCAAUAAAAAAAUAAUAAUAAAGAACGCAUGAUGAAAACUAUAAAAAUGACACACUUUAGGAAAAAAAUUAUUUGAAGUGUAAUUUUAUUGUUUAGUUUGUCUCAUGUCCCAAUUUCAUGCAGCGGGGUUUAUGACCUAUACUGGGACCAACCACCUGAGGAGCGAUCAAGACACAGUGGAUUCACUUUUCAGGACUUGUGCGGCACACUUUCAGGACUUGUGUCGUUUCUCAAUACCAAGUACGCAAACUUCAGACUUAGUUCAGACUUGACAAGUUCGACUCCGGAGAACGGACUCCCAAGGACGGGAGGACACAGAGCCAGCUCGCUCUGGCUACUCCGGUUAUCUGCGUAUGUAUAUUUUAGGCAACAAUAAAAUGAAAUAUGUUAUAAAACACCACUCUGUCUCUUUCAUUAUCAUUUAAAAAAUCUUAAAGGUGCCAUAGAAUGGAAA